GCAGGUCCCACAAUAGUGGGGCCUUCCGAGCGCGAGCUUCCACCCCAAGUGACGUGAUGCGCUCUGAUCGUGUUCUGCAACGCAACCGCCAUGUUGUCGCAAAGAACGGGGAGCGCAAAGCUCGACGAUGUUACCAGAAUACUUUCCGAGUUGAAAGCAGACCUGGAUGCGAAGAAGCUGUCUACUCAGCAAAAACAGCAACUACUCGAACAGCUCAAAGUCUACGGUCGAUCAGUCGAAAACUCCGAUCCCAUAUUCACAGAAGAUGGCCUUCGGACACUAGGACGCCAUGCAUUUGACGGAGAGACUACUGUCGCAUCUCAAGAGGCUCUUAGAUGUAUAGCCAACGCCCUUCUCCUCCAGCCCAAGACACGCCAGAUACUCGUUGAUCUAGGUCAUGGGCCACAUGCAGCCGAGAAAUUGAAGGGCGAUAGUAUCGACAACGAGUUCCUCGCCUCCCGAAUCCUCUUCCUCACAACAUACGACACAAGUCUCGACUACGCGCAACUCGUCCGCGAGAACCAGCUAGCCGAGAGCAUCAACGCGGCUAUAACGCGACAUGCAAAGCGCUACUCCAAGUCCGCACCAGCAGGUUCAAAAGGGCACAGCCAACCCAUGGAGCUCAUGGCCCUCGCCGAAACCCUCAAGCUCGUCUUCAACAUCAUCCAUUUCCACAAAGACCUCAGCGCCCACUUCACCCCCUCAAUAUCCCACGUCUUCAAGAUCCUCGUGCGAAGAGGAGUAACCGAACCGCCCUUGACCGUACCAGCCCGAGAACUAAUCAAUGUCCUCCUCCACCUAGACCUUGAAGACUCCGAAGGCCAAAAAGCCGUCUUCCCACCCUUCGAGCCGAGAACAAACGCAAGACAUUUGAUUGGUAUCCUCUACCGAGCCAUCCUCGCAUACCCACCCAAAGAGCCCGACGACGCCGUCGCCCCCGUUCUAACGCUCAUCCGCCGGAUCUACGAAAUCGCACCCGAAGACGUGAAGAAUACGAUGGAAGAGAUGCUCCUCCCCACGACCGAAGAACGCGAUAAGCCCCUCGGGAAAUCCAACACACUAUCCUCCCGCCUCCUCAACCUCUCCACGUCAGCAUUGACACCCGCGCUCCGCGGUUCCAUCUCCUCGAUGCUCUUCGAGCUCUCGCAUAAAGACCCAGCGACGUUUGUGCAUAACGUGGGAUACGGGUAUGCGUCUGGUUUCCUCAUGUCGAACAAUAUAACCAUGCCAGAGGAGUUGGUGAAAGCGAAUGCGCCGGCGGGUGAUGUGGAAGGUAUACCCGUUAACCCUAUUACGGGACAGAGGCUGGAUAAGGAGGAGCAUGUGCAGAUGGAGCCUAUGACGCAAGAGGAGAAGGAGAGGGAGGCUGAGAGGUUGUUUGUGCUGUUUGAGAGGUUGAAAGCGACGGGUGUGAUGGAUGUGCAGAAUCCGGUUGAAGAGGCGUAUCGCUCGGGGAGGAUUCAGGAGUUGCCUGACGACGAGUCGGAUUGAAGUAUGGGUUGCGAAGAAAUGUACUCGGCAAUGUUCACAAAACAUCCACCACAGAAGAUAUCUGUAUUCCUUCAGUAACAAGAUAUGGAUUGAUAUCGGAAAAUAUAUUUGAAAGAAAAACCCCCCCG